AUGCGCGGUCUUUUGUUGCUUGCAUCUCUCGGCUUCGCCGUUGCAGACAAUGGCCUGGCAGGUUGGUUGCGUUACGCGCCCUUGCCUUCUGGCAACCACUCGAACAAUACUCGUCCGUCUUCCAUCGUCAUUCUAAACGACACUGCUAGCAGUCCAGUGUAUGUGGCAGGACAGGAACUGCGGAAUGGCUUCAAGAAUAUCCUAGGAGAGCAUGUUGAGAUCCAGCAUGGCAGCUGCCAACCAUCCGCCGUGGUCGUUGGUACAAUUGCCCAAUAUUCGGAUAUUUGCGGCGGUAUCGAUGGAAUCCCUGAGCUUGUUGAGGACGGCUUUUGGCUCAGCACAAAAGGGGGAGGUGUACAGAUCCUGGGUCAGAACGAUCGUGGUGCUCUCUAUGGAGCAUUCGAAUAUCUGUCUAUGCUUGCCCAGGGGAACUUCUCGCAAGUUUCCUAUGCGACCAACCCCAGCGCUCCCGUACGAUGGGUGAAUCAAUGGGACAAUAUGGAUGGAAGCAUUGAGCGUGGUUACGGUGGCCAGUCUAUAUUUUUCGCCAAUGGCACCAUCGUUGAAGAUUUGACUCGCGCCUCUCAGUAUGCACGUCUGUUGGCUUCCAUCGGCCUCAAUGCUGUUGUUGUCAACAAUGUCAACGCCAACGCGACAACCCUCACCCCUGAAAAUAUCGAAGGUCUGGGAAGGAUUGCGGACGCCUUCCGACCCUACGGUGUCCGACUAGGAAUCUCACUGAACUUUGCAUCUCCUCAAACUCUUGGUGGUUUGCCUACCUUCGAUCCCCUUGACAGCUCUGUUAUUGCGUGGUGGCAGAAUGUGACAGACGAAAUUUACCAGCGAAUUCCUGAUAUGGCCGGCUAUCUCGUCAAGGCAGAUUCUGAGGGUGAGCCUGGACCGUUAACAUACAACCGGACACUUGCCCAGGGAGCCAACCUGUUUGCAAAGGCUGUGAAGAACUACGGCGGCAUAGUUAUGUUCCGCGCGUUUGUCUACAACCAACUCAACGAGUCUGAUUGGAAGGCGGACCGCGCCAAAGCUGCGGUUCAAUUCUUUGCCCCUCUGGAUGGACAAUUCGACAGUAAUGUCGUCGUCCAGAUAAAGUAUGGGCCCAUUGAUUUCCAAGUCCGUGAGCCCACCUCGCCGCUGUUUGCGCACUUGCCGAACACAAACACGGCCAUAGAACUGGAGGUCACACAAGAGUACCUUGGACAGCAAAGUCACUUACUUUAUUUGCCGCCUCUAUGGAAGACUGUCCUUGAUUUCGACCUCCGAGUCGAUGGGAAGGAGUCCGUGGUGCGCGAUAUUAUAUCUGGCAAGCGCUUUGACCGACCUCUGGGAGGAUGGGCAGCUGUAGUCAAUGUCGGUACGAAUACAACAUGGCUAGGCAGUCACUUGGCUAUGUCCAACUUGUAUGCCUAUGGUCGACUAGCAUGGAAUCCCACCGCCAACGUUGAAAAUAUCCUCCAAGAUUGGAUUCGUCUCACUUUCGGUUUUGACCCCAGCGUUAUCGCUGGUAUCAGCAAGAUGUCAAUGGACUCAUGGCCCGCCUAUGAGAACUACAGUGGAAACCUCGGCAUCCAGACCCUGACCGAUAUAUUGUAUACGCAUUUCGGACCGAAUCCCGCUACCCAGGAUAACAAUGGCUGGGGACAGUGGACACGCGCUGACCACUUGUCCGUCGGAAUGGAUCGCACAGUAAGCAAUGGCACAGGGUAUUCCGGACAAUAUCCUCCUGAGAUUGCAGCAAUGUAUGAAAAUAUUGACACUACUCCCGAUAACCUGCUCCUGUGGUUUCACCAUGUGAACUGGACGCAUCGCCUCCACUCUGGGGAAACAGUCAUACAGCAUUUUUACGACGCUCACUAUGCCGGUGCUGAAACCGCACAGACGUUCCUCCAAACCUGGGAGUCACUGAAGGGCAAAAUCGACGAGGAGCGAUACAACGACGUCCUCACAAAGCUUACCUACCAAUCCGGCCAUUCGAUGGUCUGGAGAGAUGCCAUCAAUGAUUUCUACUGGAACAUGACAGGGAUCCCAGAUGAGGCUAAUCGCGUUGGUAACCAUCCUUGGCGCGUGGAGGCCGAGAGCAUGACAUUGAAUGGAUACAAGACUUACGCCGUCAGCCCGUUCGAGGCAGCCUCAAACUGGACUGCCAUAGUCACAUCCUCCAAUUCAACUACUGGCACAGCCACUACCAAGCUACAGUAUCCUUCUGGUACGUAUGACUUGGCGGUGAAUUACUAUGAUCUCUACGGAGGCAAGUCCCAUUGGCAAGUCUACCUCAACAAUCGCUUGAUUGGGAAAUGGGUGGGUAAUAACGAGGAUAUCCUUUCUCAUACUCCAUCCAUCUACCUCGACGGUCAUUCGGCUACCCGCAUCACUUUCCGUGGGGUGAAGGUCAACAAAGGGGAUACGCUGAAGAUUAUCGGUACACCUGAUGGCGUUGAGCCAGCUCCGUUGGAUUAUGUCUCGCUCCUGCCUCCGGGGAUCGUUGAUUAG